GCCAGUGAAACUCUCUCGUGAGAGCUUGCUUUUCUCUAUUCCAACAGCUCGCAUGAGCUUGAUCUCUCAUCCCUCAGACAAUUCGGUCUCCAUGAAUCUUUUUCGACAUCCUCAUGGGCUGCAAUGGCAAUUAGUACAGCUUUCAGUGCAAUAGAUUCAUUGUCACACAUCCCCGAGUGCUCCCACCAUAAGCCUCAACCAUUCGUAGGUUCUGAAGGUAGCGAUAUUGGCUCAUUCAUCGACGACCAAUACACUGCACUUGGCGCCUCGGACUAUGUUCCAGUUCGCUACGACCACACUGAUCGUCGCAGCAGCAACUUCGACGAGGUCGACAAUGUUCAAAGACUUCGCCAAAUCCAGAACUCAGCUCACAUAACCUUGAACACACAAACGACAGUAAAGCCGAUCAGCAAAGAGCUUUUCCGCAAGCUUGUCAAUGAUUGCCAGAACCGACAACCAUCUCCAGAUUCGCUGUUACCGAACUCCGUCAAACUGCCCCAUACAGGAGCGGAGCCAGACAGAACGGCAAGGGUUUCGUCACGUCACAGCAAAUCGCAACAUCACAGCACACUACCGAGACGCGAUGAUGGGCAAACCGAUGCACCUGGUCCCAAAAUGUCACCUACGCUGAUCCUCCGUCAACGGGAAAUCAAGAUACGGAGCAAGGACGGCAGAUUGGAGACAGUCGGGCGAGCUAAUCUACCUUUGAAACGCUCCGCAUCUGAGGGAAAUGCACCAAUCAACACUCGAAAUGCCGCCGCAGCCGGAGAUGCAAGACCAAGAGCAGAAUCAGUCACCUCCCAGCCGGAGCAGCGCAAAACCCGUCUGGUCAAGAUACGAGAUAAAAAUGGUCGGGAAACCGUAUCGAAAGUUCCAUGGCCAAGACCAUCAUCAUCUCGAACAACUACGAGUGGAGGUAGAGAUGUGCCCAAGAAUGAGGCACCAUCUGCGGUGAUACAUCCACAAAUGACGAGUCGUCCUGUGGGUGUUCUUGCGGAUUCAGGUGGUGAUCAUGUUUCGGAGCUGGUCUAUGACAAGCCAGGUGCAUCUUCAAAGCCAGACACAUUAGAUGCGGAGCCCAUGCUGUCAGGGGAAUUGUCUGGGAAGCUUUCUUUCCAUUCGGGCAGUCGUGCAGCAUCGGCUCUUCCUAUUGCAAAGAGCUCGCAUGCCAGCAAGUCCAGCGAAGCGGCAAGCGGCAGCAGAGUGGACUCAAAGGCCAGUUCUUUGACGACUCGCUCAACCGGAACGUUGCGAGGACAAGGAGGGAGAAUGGCGGGACCACCUCCUACCGAAAGCGAGCACGGUCAAGAUGCCAGGAGUUUGUCAUCCAAGACAACAUCCUCCUUCCGUCACUUUGCAGACGAUAACCCUGGAGUGCGACAAACGGUGAACAAGUACGACGAGCGCAAGCAGUCUCCCGGCCCAGCUGCUCUAUUCCAAACCUAUAUGGAAACCCAGAGGGUUGCUGGGAAAGGGGCAAGUUCCACAGUAAUCUCCCGUGGCUCGAAUACACUUUCCUCCAGAAGGUCAUCUGCACAUCCUCAGCUGCAUCCCGUCAUCGCGUCAGAAGCAUCAUUCGCAAAACAUCAUGCAGAUUCUAGCCACCUACCUUCGGAGAGGUCAACUCCACCGACCUCGCUUGCGUCAAGACACAUGCCUUUGUACGAUGAAAUCCAACAUUUGAACGCGCAUACUCGUGAUCGUCCUGCACGAGCAGAAUUGCAUCCUCUCUCGAUCUCCGAGCUUUCUCGAUCAGGUAGUCACCACACCCACUCUCCUGCUUCCCACUCAACAGCACGGCCGCCGCGAUUCGAGUCAAGCGGAGCCGCAAUUCGCAGCGAAUUGUCUGCCAACCUGUCCACGAGCUUUCGCUAUGAAAAUUCUACAAUCUUCGCUGGCAAAGGAUGGAUAUCACCACAUCCAGAAAGCCUCAGCUCCUCAGCUCCUCAAUCGACAAUCGGACUACCCUUCUCGCCCGGAGCGACCAUGACCUACAAAGAUUGGAUCACCAUCCAAGAACAGGGCUUAGCUGCGGAACAUCUGCAGCACCCCUCUGCCCGCGUGGAGGCCUUGUCUAGUGGUUCUCGGAGUCGGCGCGAUCGCAUCGACUUGACGCGAAAUUUGUAUGCUCGGCGCGGGGCGGACAACAAGCGCACAAUUCCUGAGUCGUGGGCGAAUCGUUCACAGACAGACUCCUCCCGAGACCACAUCAAGCCGACUGUCCGGGACGAGCGCGUUGAUGGACGAACCUUUUCACACAUUCGACCCGGUUUCGACAAUUGAACGCUCGUGCCGAGGGACGAUCUGACGGGACAGGAGAGUAUCACACAAGAGCGGCGACAGCAGCGUCUUCGUCGUUCACGUUCUCACGUAUUCAAAAACAAAACAGAACAAAAACCCAACG